GGUGUCUGUGUAUUUUGGAACCUGCUAGAAUUACUGGAUAAUAUAUAUAUAAAACCCAGGCUGUUGCAUCAGACAAAUUCUACCUCUGCAUUACAGCAAAUCAAACUCUGCUGCAUUAACCUCCUCCUUUUCCUUUUCCUUUUCCUUUUCCUUUUUUGCGUCUUCCUUCCAAUCUCGACCGUCCGUUUCUCGAUCGCACGGUCGAUCCGUGGCCAAAAUCCCUAGGCGUAACGCUCGUGCAUCUGCAGCUGUCUCCGUUCCACCGUGCACGUCGCGCUCUCUCGCUCCCGACGCGACAACAUGCUCGCCUCCGCCGCCGAGUUCACGGACAACCCGGCGGCGACAGCCACGGUGGCGGCGCGACACGGCGUCGACGGCGGCGGCAGCAGGGUGGUCGUGCCGCUGUUCCUGGUCACCGUGUCCCUGUUCUUCGUCACGUACCAGCUCUUCGGCGUGGCCGCGGCGGCCGGCGCCAUGGUGCUCGACGUCUGCGCCGUCGCCCUCGCCGCGCUCAAUGUCACGGUCACCCGCGCGCGCCGCUUCCCCUUCCUGCGCCUGUCGCUCGGCGGGGAGGAAGGCCAUGGUGGUGGUGGUGGCGCCGGCGGUGGUGACGUGGCGCCGGCGGCGGCCGGGAUGGACGCGGCGGCGAUCAUGGCGCUCCCGGCGGCCUUCGGGUACAAGCGGGAGCAGACGGCGGCGGCGGCGGGGGGAUGGGCGCAGUGCUCGAUAUGCCUCGGCCUGGCGCGCGUCGGCGAGGCCGUGCGGCGGCUGCCGUCGUGCGGGCACCUGUUCCACGCCGGCUGCGUCGACGAGUGGCUGCGCGCGCACGCGACGUGCCCGCUGUGCCGCGCCGCCGUGUGCGCCGCCGGGCCGGAGCCGGAGCUGCCCGUGUGACCGUCAGCCGCGGUGAUUGUUCUCAUUGUUAGGUCGAUCAUGCUGUAGAGAAAGUAUAACAGUAGAGCUUUUUUCUUCCAUUUUAUUAGUGUUGGUGAAUGGUGAUGAUUUUAUCUCAAAUCGAGGUAGCCUUCCUGUUCUUCUAUCGUCCUCAGUGACAUCUGUAAAUUCCGUCCAAAUUAUGUCAGUGCAGUUAAAGUACUCUUAAUAGCUACUCCCCGUUUUAUAUUAUAAGUCAUUUUAACUUUAGUUAAAUUACUUAAACUACUACUACAAGUUUGUUCAAGUUUGUAAAUAAAUACAGUAAU